AUGGCGGCAUUACCCAUGGAAGAGGGAAGAGGUGUAAGGGAAAACGUGUUAAACAUAUGGAUUUACGGAUUAUCUACGGCCCAUCACGUGUGUGAUGAUGAUGAUAUGGAAAAAUUUUACGGAAUCAAAAUCUACAGCAUUUACGAACACAUUGAACUACGAGAUGCAAGAAUUAAAAUUAAAAAGGAUGAAGAUGGUAACAAAUUUACGCUAUGGCUGAGACAGUAUUCUCCAUCUAUAAUAUCAGAUAAUUUAAUUUCUUUAUCAAGUGAACUUGUAGCAGAUGAUUCAGUAAAUUGCUAUAAAUCAAGAGAAAUUAGCGAGAAAUCCUUGGAUAAAUUACUUACCGACAAUGUAACAUUUGGAUGA